AAUCAAGCAUUGGUAAGGGUGGACCGUACGUGUUACAUAAGUACGUUUAGCAUUGAAAUAUAAGAUCGCCGGCCAUUAUCGGUCUUUCUUGGGUUAGUUUCUUCAUCAUUAUCAUCGUCUUUUAAUCUGGUUCCAUAAUGUCUAAGUGUGAGGAGCCAGAGCAGCUUCGCAAGCUCUUUAUUGGUGGCCUAAGCUUUGAAACUACUGACGAGUCUCUAAGAGCACAUUUUGAACAAUGGGGUGCAUUAACAGACUGUGUGGUGAUGAGAGAUCCCAACACAAAGCGAUCCAGAGGCUUUGGCUUUGUCACCUAUUCUACUGUCGAAGAAGUAGAUGCUGCAAUGUCUGCAAGACCGCACAAAGUUGAUGGUAGAGUGGUGGAACCCAAGAGAGCAGUUUCCAGGGAGGACUCACAGAAGCCAGGAGCUCACCUGACAGUUAAAAAAAUAUUCGUUGGUGGAAUUAAAGAAGAUACAGAAGAACACCAUCUAAGAGACUAUUUCACAGAGUAUGGCAAAAUAGAAGUUAUAGAAAUCAUGACUGAUCGUGGAAGUGGAAAGAAAAGGGGCUUUGCUUUUGUCACAUUUGAUGACCAUGAUUCAGUCGACAAAAUUGUCAUUCAGAAAUACCACACCAUAAAUGGACACAACUGCGAAGUGAGAAAGGCACUUUCCAAACAGGAGAUGGCUGUAUCAUCUACAGGUGGACGAGGAGGUGGUGCUUCAGGAGGAGGUGGUGGUGGUCGUGGUGGUUCCUCUAACUUUGGUGGCCGUGGAGGAUUUGCAGGCAAUGACAACUUUGGAGGUGGCCGUGGUGGAAACUUUGGUGGCAGAGGUGGAGGAGGCGGUUUUGGCGGCCGUGGUGGUUAUGGUGGUGGAACAGAUGGCUACAACGGCUUUGCUGGUGAUGGUGGCUAUGGUGGAGGACCUGGCUACGGUGGUGGCAACCGAGGUUAUGGUGGUGGACAAGGCUAUGGAAAUCAAGGAGGUGGAGGUGGUGGCUUUGGCAGUGGAGGAUAUGAUGGCUACAGUGGUGGCGGAGGUGGUGGAAACUUUGGAAACUUUGGAGGUGGUGGUGGUGGAGGAGGAGGAAACUACAAUGAUUUUGGCAAUUACAAUCAGUCUCAAUCUAACUAUGGUCCCAUGAAAGGAGGAAACUUUGGAGGUGGAGGUGGAAGAAGUUCAGGCCCCUACCCUGGUGGCUAUGGUGGCGGAUCUGGUAGUGGUGGCUACCCUAGUGGAGGUGGAGGAGGAGGAAGAAGAUACUGAAUAGGAAUCAAAGCUUAGCAGGAGAGGAGAGCCAGAGAAGUGACAGGGAAGCAACAGGUUACCACAUAAUCUGAACUCAGCCAGCCAAGCACAGUUGUGGCAUGUUAACAGCUGCCACAAGAAGAUUAAAUUAUGAUAGAUUGUAAAUGUGACAAAGGACUAUUUGUAUUGAAAUUAACUGUACAGGUUUAUAGUUAUUAUUUUUCUUUUGUGAAGUGUAAAGCAUUCCAAUAAGGUUUUUAUUGUAGACAUUUUUUAAUGUUUUUCUUUGCUCCCAUGGUAUGCAAAUUGUAAUGGUCACAAUCAUGACAGUGAAUAAAACAUUUUUUUAGAA